AUGGGCUCCAAGCGUCUGCGCAAUCCAGGUGAAGUGCCGGAGGGCUCUUCUACCCCCAAGCGCAAUGUUCCUGAUGACGGGCUCGACACUCCCAUGGGUGUUCGCCCCCAUGCAAACUCUGAAUCUGCCAACAAGGACAAGCUUGCGCCAUACUAUGUUGAGAAGGCACUCGACAAUGGCAAGACGGGGUGGGAUGCAUGUAGAGGUGAUUAUGCCAUAUGGAAGACAUUGGUUCAAAAAGCUUCUGGCAUUGGAAGAGAUCCUUAUACGAAGACCAUUGCUGCUACAAAUGAGUGGUGGGCAUUGGAGUUGAAGGCACGUCCGCAGGCUAGCAAGUUUCGGUAUGCUGCACUUGCGGAGGAGGAUAAAAUGGAGGAGGUGUUUGAUGCUUGUUGUGUCACAAAUGAGCAUGCGAGGGUGCCAAUGCCAACAUAUCAAGGUUCUACGUCUCGAAUCAAUUUGGAUGAUGAGUCUGGUUGUGAAGGUGAUGAAACUCAGGUUACACCUCGUCCUAAUCGUGCUAAGGGUGGGAAGAAGAGGGCAUGUCCUUAUUCGCCAAGUCCUAAGAUGAAUGAAAAGUGGGCAAGUGAGCAUGCAAAAAAUGAGGCAUUUGUGCGUAUGGUGGACCUGUUUGAUUCAAGGAACAAGAGAGAUGCAACUCAAGUUUCAGCAAGAGAGGAGAUUCACGAAAUGAUGGCCAUGGUAGAGGCGGAUGGUGGUGCACCUGGGAGUGAUGUUCAUUUCUAUGCUUCACAACUAUUUAGGGAUCAGACAAAUCGUGAUGUUUUCUCUGCCUUCAAGGGUCACGAGCCUAGUGCGAGGCUUCUAUGGAUAAACAGAACAUGGGAGUUCAACAAUAAGUAG